GGAGCCGGUAGCCAAGGUCGGCGUCGCUGACGGAGCCGCGGCGCCCGUCUCACGUGGUGUGUGUAUCUUGAGGCAUGCGAGCCGAAUAAGCCGAAAAGAUGCCCUGGACGUGCUUCGGCCGGCGCAAGAAGGGUGCCAGGAGGCCCAGCGUCAGCCCACCCCUCCACCUCCUGCUCAAGCCGGGGCAGGUGCAGCAGCACGCGUUCAAGAAGAAGGUGCUGCGCCGCGCGCAGCCGUGCCACCUCUGCCACCAGCCCGUCUCGCGCCAAGCCAGCUGCUGCAGAGUGUGCAAAUACGUGUGCCACGAGGAGUGCGAGUCGCGGCAUAAUGGAUCAGUGGCGGAAAAUGGAGCUAUCUCUAAAAUCAGCGCCUUGAGAAGCAAACAACUAUCGAUGGUGAGCACACCGCGCCGGUCGGAUUCGAUUCCGGGCGGCGAUGAAGAGUGGAUGCAAAGACCGGUGGCCAGCAGCCGGGAUUCGGCCAGCAUGCAGCUCAACUACAUUACGGAGCGCAUGCUGGCGCUAUGGCUACCGGCCGAGGACGCCAACGAGGCCCGUGCAGGCCUCAACAGGGCCGCCGGCCUCCUCGCCAACAAACAUGCCCACCACUACAUGAUAUUCAACCUGUCGGCACGUUGCGUGCUGAACGGCGGCAGCGACGAGAGCGAGGCAAUGAGCGUGCGCGAGGUGGGUUGGGCGCGCGGUCUGGCGCCGCCGCUCGAGCGUCUGUGCGCGCUGUGCAAGGAGCUGGACGCGUGGCUGUGCGCCGAGCCGACGCUGCGCUUGGCCGUGCUGUCGGCGCAGGGCCGCGACGGCCGCGAGCGCCUCGGGGUCGCCGUCUCCGCCUUCAUGCACUACUCGCUCAUCUGCGGCGCCGACGACCAGGCCCUCGACCGCUACGCCAUGGCCAGGUUCCUCGAGGACAGGGUCGGGAACUUACUGCAGCCCUCCAACAAGAGGUACCUGAACUAUUUUUCUGGUCUGCUCUCGGGCACGAUCAAGAUCAACGCGCAGCCUCUGUACCUGACGCAUGUGACCCUGAUUGGGACGCCUUCAUACGAGCCCGCGGAUGUGCUUCCCUCCACGCCAGAAAACUACAACGGUGGAGGCUGCAGACUCUUCCUGAAGGUGUAUCAGGGUCUGGUGCCCGUGCACACGUCGCCGGUCUACAGGGUGGCAGGGUCCACGAGGCGCCUCACCGUCGCGUUCGAACGGAGUCUGCAGCUCAGGGGAGACGUGAUGCUCAGGUGCUACCACAGAUAUCCGCCCCACCAGGCGCCAACUCACUCAGGGGAAGGCAGAGAGCUCAUCUUCAGCUGCCAGUUCCACACUUGCGCCAUUGCAGACUACAACCUGACCUUCACAAGACAAGAGCUCGACCAUGCGUGCCUAGACCUUCGAUUCCCGCUGGACGGGGCGGUGGAGUUAACUUUUUCUCCGAGCCCAAGUCCACGCCAACCUAGUCCUGCGCCGACGCCGUCCGUACCUGUCGACCCCUCCCCAGACCCUGUCACCAGGUGGGACAGCCUGGAUACGCUGCUUAGCCCGGCACAAGUCACCCCUGGCCCUUUUGAGUGCAUUACGCCGCCCCACCACAGAGUGGGGAGCUGUUCACCAGGGGCCGUGAGCCAGCCGCUGGGCAUCGACUGUUCCGGGGGCGCGUACACCCCUGGGCCCGUGGACGGCUCGCUGUACGCGACCGUGUCAAAGAAGUCGCCGUCGCAACCGGGCGGCGUCCACAGUCCGCUCACAGUCUCCAUGGACUCUGGAAUCUCGUCGGCCGGCAACGGCGGCCAGACGGCCACGGCCGGCGCCUCCAGCGCCACUGCCACGGCCAGCGAGCACCAGAAGAUGCUGGACCAGCUGCUGUCCGACAUGCUGCUCACCGUGGAAAACAUACCCGAUUUGCCCGCGUCGCCCAACACAACGCCAACCGUCAUCGACGGCAUCGACGACAGCCUGCGAGCCCUGCAGGAGUUCCAGAGUCAAUCGCCCUCUUCCGCGAGUGCCGCCGGCGGAGCGGUGGGGUCUUGGCGGCGUCCGGGGGCGUCGUGCCCCCCUCCGCCGCCGCCACCACCGCGGCCGGCGCUGCCCGCCGAGCUGGAUAACCAGUUGCCGUACCACGCGCGACACGACAGCCGGCCCUUCACGUACGGCACGCUGCCCUCGUCGUCGGACACCAUGUCCUCCUCGGCCAGCACCAGCACCACCCUCCGCUCGGUCGUGUUCAACGAGCCGCAGCCCCGCGCCACCCUCGCCAGCCCCAGCCUCGUGCGCAAGACCGUCGUCGUCAGCACCCCCAAUCACAACAACAGCAACACCAACACGUGGAGCCCGAACGGCACCAGCAAAUGGAGCGACACCAACCACCACUACUCGAAUGGAAACGCGUAUGUAUCUCCCUCGAGCAGCAGCACCACGACCAGGAGAGGGAAGCUGUACAUCGAGGAUGACGAUUCCAGGGAUGUGCUUGACGGGUACCCUGACAGCACCCUGAGUAGCACGACGAGCGGCGGGCUGACGUGGUUGCAGCGGCAACAGCAGAAGCUGCGGGAGCGCAAGGAGCAACAGCUUCGUGCCGAAAGGUAUCCACACGAAACCAAGUUGCUGACCGAGCUCAGGACGGUGCAAAACAGAAUCAGCAGACCUAACGGCUGUAGCCCCCGCCGGCCAAGCACUGAGGAUGGCUAUGCUAGCGACACCACCCUCUUGUUGUCCGGAAUCGAGGACGACCCUCUCGUUGCGGACAGUCCCUCUCCGCAAUACACCUCUCCGUUCGCAGUCAAUUCCACCCAUAGCUUCAAUCGCGGCAUUUCGGCACCGUCGUCGCCGAUCUUGCCGAACCGCAGCUCGAGCCGCGAGCGGACGCUGCGCUACCAAGGCAGCCAGAGCCACCACCAGGAGCUGGCCACCAUCAUGUCGGGCGUGAAGCCGCUGAGCAGGCAAAAGUCGGACACGUCGUUCGACCGCGAGCGGCCCUUCGUCGCCGUCAAACGCGCCCACGAGCAGCAGCAAAUCAACAACCGCAGGCUGGAUUCCCAACCCAGUUACUCGCCGCCGCAGCUGUACUCAGUCGUGCGCACUAAGGUCAACGGCUACGCGAGGUCGCCCACGCUGCACAACGGGGAUGAGUUGGACGCGAGCAGUCGGCCGCAGACGCCCGCCUUCCCCGUGCACCCUCGCACCCCCUACUCCAACAAUGCUGCUGAGGCCGCCGGCCUGCCUCCGAAGAGCCCCACCGCCCAACGACGGCUUCGGAUGCGAAAGUGGCCAUCCAAUACCUCCCUCUCUAGCCGUGAGCGGUCCAUGUCUCCUGAAGGGAUGAACACAUCGCGGCGCUCGUCCAUCCAGUCGUCUGGCGGCGAAACCGUCACGCAGGAGGUGAGCCCUGUGCACGUCAAGUUCGUCAGGGACACGUCCAAGUUCUGGUACAAGCCCAACAUCUCCAGGGAGGAUGCAAUCGGCCUUCUGAAGGAGCAGGCGCCGGGCACCUUCGUAGUGCGCGACUCCAACUCAUUCCCUGGCGCGUUCGGUCUGGCCCUGAAGGUGGCGACGGCGCCACCCUCGACGCCUGGUGGUGGCAGAGACAACGAACUGGUCAGGCACUUCUUGAUCGAGCCCACCUCCCGCGGAGUCAAACUGAAGGGCUGCGCCAACGAACCCGUGUUCAGCUCUCUCUCGGCCCUGGUGUAUCAGCACUCGAUCACGGCCAUCGCCCUGCCCUGCCGCCUUCUGCUCCCUGAGAAGGACAUCGCCCAGAAUGAGGCCAGGGGCACCCUGAGCAUGACCCAACAGCUGCUUGCCCAGGGCGCAGCAUGCAACGUUCUCUACCUGAUCACCGUGGACACCGAGUCCCUGACAGGGCCCCAGGCCAUCCGCAGGGCCGUGGCGCAGCUCUUCAGCUCACGUCCGCUGCCCAAAGCCACCAUCGUGCACUUCAAGGUGUCCAGUCAAGGCAUCACCCUGACCGACAACAGACGCACAUUGUUCUUCCGAAGACACUACCCUGUCAACGCCAUUUCCUUCUGCGGACAGGACCCUGACGACCACCGAUGGAGCCAGAAGAGUGAAGACACUGGAAUGCCCAUCAGUUCAAAUCGGUGCUUUGGCUUUGUGGCGCGGAAGCAAGGCAGCUUGACGGCGGACAACCAGUGCCACCUGUUCGCCGAGCUGGAGCCCGAGCAGCCCGCCACGGCCAUCGUCAACUUUGUGUCCAAGGUGAUGAUGGUGGGCAGCCACAGUCCAAGCCUCAGCGGCAAGAACGUCUGAGUCAGUGCGAGAAAGAGAGAGUGUCUAAACGAACGCCUUGUUAUGUUAUCAGUCGAUUGUUGAUGUUGCAAAAUUAAAUUUAUAUAAAUAAAAAGUAUAUUCGUAAAAAAAGUAUAUAGCAGCUAUACAAACGGGAUAUAAAGAAAGUGGACUUAUUUUGUGCACAAAACGGCGUUUUCGAGCCAAAGUUUUGUUGAAAACGGCGAACAAAGUUAUAUGCGGCGUUUCUUUCUGCGUUUUCUAGUUUUUGCGUUGUAUCGGAAAGGAAAAUCAAGUGUUUCACCUCUGCCACUCAUCAACUCGCGUUAUUUCUUGUAACAAACCAACUUGUGCCAUAUUUCUACUUAAUGAAAUGUGUUGAAACGAUUCGAAGACACGAUUUUUGCAGCAUUUCCUCUUGUUUUUCUCCUCAGGUUGAGAAUAUUCUGUCAGAUCUGAUUAAUUCCAUUAUUACUAUAUUUAUAAUAAUAUACUCUGUCAGUCCUCUGUAUAAUUAAUUAUUAUAAUAUAUUUACACACAGACGCGCGCGCAUAAAUAUAUUAAAGCUAUCGACUAAAAUCUCACAAGCCAAACUUAAAUAUUGUAUUUAUAUCACUCUUUGAAACGAAUUCUUUGGUUUUAUUUGUGGCAACUUGUUAGGAGUCAUUUCGUUUUUGAAAAACUAUAGCAAAAGUUGUAAUUCGAUUCACGAACUGUUUAGAAAAAUAGUGAGCAAAAAGCUUAUACAAAUUUGUGUAUUAUGAUAUGUCAAUAAAUUUUAUCGAUUAAACAGUGGUAA